AUGGCACCUGCUGUCCUGAGAGAGGAGCUAACCUGCCCCAUCUGCCUGAGCAUUUUUAAAGAUCCUGUACUACUCAGAUGUGGCCAUAACUUCUGCCUGGGCUGUAUUGAGAAAGUGCUGCGUACCCAGGAUAGAGUAAGUGUUUAUAUCUGUCCUCUGUGCAGGAAACGGUUUACUAACAGACCUGCACUGCAGAGGAACCUGAAGUUAUGUAACAUAGUAGGAGUUGUAUUCCCUACUCAUCAAGGGACACAUUCUGGGGUUUUCUGCACUUACUGUAUUCUCUCUCCUGUACCUGCUACUAAAUCCUGUCUGCAUUGUGAGGCUUCUCUGUGUGAUGCCCACCUGAGGGUACACAGCAAGUCUGAGGAACAUGUAUUAACUGAGCCCACCACUUCCUGGGGUAACAGAAAAUGUUCCAUCCACAAGAAGCUGCUGGAAUAUUACUGCACAGAGGAUGCUGCCUGUAUCUGCGCAUCUUGCUCCUUGGUCGGAGAGCACAGAGGACACCAGGUGGAGCUGCUGAAUGAGGCUUCUGAGAAGAAGAAACAGAAACUGAGAGAUGUUCUGCAGAAACUGACCACAAAGAGAGAGAAGACUGAGAAAAGAGUCCAGAGUCUGCAGAAGCACAGGAGAGAGGUGCAAGAGAAAGCAGCUGGUGUAACAGAGCGACUCACUGCCCUGAUUAGGGACAUCAGGAAACAGCUGGAAGACCUAGAGAAACAAGUCCUGAGUGACCUCACCCGGCAGCAGGAGCAGGUUUUACUGCCAAUAUCUGAUCUGAUCCAGCAGCUGCAAAAAGAGAAGGAUGAGCUGACCAGGAAGAUGUGUCACAUUAGGAAGCUGUAUAACAUGACUGACCCAUUAACUCUUUUACAAGAACAGGAAUCACACAGAGCUGACUUUUGUGGUGCUGAGAAGGGAGAUAAUGAGGACUCAGAGAGAGCUGAUAAACAGGUUCCUGCUGGAGAGGAUUUGGGUGAGGGUUUGAUCUCUGUAACCUUAUACAGAGGUUUAGCUGAUAUUGUGACUGAUAUAAAAAAAAGACUCUAUGUACAGGUGACAUCAGAUAUAUUGCUGGAUGUAAACACAGCUCCUAAUACUGUAAAUGUAUCUGGUGACUUAAAAACUGCAUCCUGGACAGAAUUAAACCAGGAGUGGGCAGAAUCGUCACAGAGAUUUACAGAUAAUGUUCCUCAGGUAUUAAGCACCAGGAGCUUUUCCUCAGGACAACAUUACUGGGAAGUGGCAACUAGUGAGGAAGGGGAAUGGGGUUUGGCAGUUUGUUAUGCCAGUAUAGAAAGACAGGGAGAUGCGUCUGAGCUAGGAAAGAAUAACAAGUCCUGGGCAUUGUAUGGUAAUGAGAACAAAUGUACAGUUGUACAUAACACAAUAAUCUCCCCAUUAUCUCACCGUCUAUCCUGUGACAGAGUAGGAAUACUGCUGGACUAUGAGGGUGGGCGUCUGUCCUUUUAUGAGCUGUCUGACCCAAUCAAACACUUACAAACCUUCACUGCUACCUUCACUGAGCCUCUUCAUGCUGCAUUUUGGGUAGGAUUACAUGCCAGGGUGAGCAUCAUGACCUAG